AUGCCACGUAAGCUACGUAAGAAUAUACGUAAGAGGAAGGGAGCAUUGAAACAUCCAAUAGUAAAACUGACACCACAACAACAGUUGCAACAACAAAUGAUGAAUGACCCCACUAUGUUGCAACAAAUGUCAAGCAACCCUAUGCUUUUAAACCGAGUUAUUGGUGCACAGAGUGGAGGUUUAAGAGCGGCACUUUUAGCGAAAAUGGCAGGCUAUGGUGGAGCUGCAGACGGAACAGCUUAUAACCCUCAAAGUCAAAUGAAUUUGAGUUCACUCAAAAAUCAAAUAACAGAUGUCAAAAAGUCAAACAUAGACAUACAGAAACAAAUAAGUGAAAACGAAAAGAAACUAGAAUAUGACAGACACACAAAGAAACUCAAUGAGUUAAACGUAGAGAAAAAGAAGAAAGAAGAACAACUGAAAGAACUAAGUACAGAGGAAUAUGCGAAAAAAGUGUCAGAAAAAGCAGCAGAAGUAGCAAAAAUGGAACAAGAUGUUAUAAAUUUGAAAAACCAUACUACUCAAUAUAAAGUACUGAAAGAUGAAGAAAUAAAACAAAAAGCCCUGAAGACAUAUAUGGAUAGCGAUGAGUAUAAAAAAGAA